CAGCGACUCAAGAAGUCAAAAUACCGCUGCCCCAUCACUGACAACUUCUGCAUCCAACGACUCAAGAAGUCAAAAUACCGCUGCCCCAUCACAGACAACUUCUGUAUCCAGCGACUCAGAAAGUCAAAGUACCCCUGCCCCCUCCAAGAUAGAUUUUGUAUCGAACGACCCAAAAAGUCAAAGUACCACUGCCCCAUCAAAGACAACAAGUCCAACUACAGCUGCCCAAUCAAGUUCAUCAAGCCGACCUCGAAUCAGCUCAAAUUCGACAGCUCAGUCGCCAACCAUGACCGAAACGUGGGUCAACCCAGGGCCAGACCAACCCAUUCAACCAAACAGUUUUCAAAACACGACCACCCCAACGACAGCACCCGAGACGGUUUCAACAACCACACACACGAUUGCCGCUGCGAGUCCCACCAAUGCUCUGUGCUCAUGCACAUGCCAGUUUGCGCAGAAGAUGACGUCAUUUCCUGGGAGUUUGGCGCGACAUGGGGAGUUAACAGACGGAAUCAACAGUGAUCUUUUGCUGGAGAAAGAAGAGUUGUCGGCUCAGAAAACGUUAAAAAUAACUGUGGAG